AUGAAUAAGCGAUUUAAGAAAACUGGAAAUAAUAAAAAAGAAGAAGAUGCAGUUUUUACCGCUAUUAAACAAAAUAACUUACAAGUUUUGCAGAAUAUUAUAAAUAAUAUUAGUUUAGAUUUUUCAAAAGUAUGGUUAGGUGGGUAUGCAUUAUUAUGUGCUGCUAUAAAUUACAGGCAGUUUGAAAUAGCAAUGUGGCUUCUAACAAAAGAUUGUAAAAUUAAUCGUAUUUCUGAUGAUGAUAAAUCUGAUACACCUCUUCACUUAGCUACUAUACACAAUAAUAAUUUUUUGGUUGAUACCUUAUUAAAGAAAGGAGCUUGUAUUACGGUAAAAAAUAUUAAUGGUGAAACUGCUUUACUUGUCAGUUGCCGAAGGCAAAAUUUAACAAUUACUCGUUUAUUGUUGAAAGAUACAACAGCUGAUAUUUCAGAUAAUAAUUUAACUACACCAUUGCAUAUUGCUGUUGAAAAUCAAUGUAUAGAAACAAUUACAUUACUUUUGAGUCAUAAAGUAAAUAUCAAUGCUCACACACUAAAUCCUAAUUAUAAAGGAUUUACUGCAUUGCAUAUAGCAAUCAUCAAGAAAAAUGUUGAAAUAGUAAAUAUUCUGUUGAAAAAUGGAGCAGAUAUUGAUGCAGUCAUAGAAAUUCCAGAGUCUUAUACAGUAUUAAAUAAUGAUUUAAAUGGAUAUGUAGAUUAUCAAGACUAUAAUCCAUUACAUUUGGCUAUUAAAAUAAAAGACUACAACAUAGUUAAAUUACUUUUAAAUCAUAAUGCUGAUGUUAAUGCAACAGUAAAACACAAUGGUUUCACACCACUAUCAAUUGCUGUUCAAAACAAAGAUGAAGAAAUUGUCAUACUUCUUUAUCAAUAUAAAGUUAAUUUUUGUACAAAGACAAAAGAUGGAAAAAAUAUUUUACAUAUUGCAUUAGAAAAUAAUUGGUGUAAACUCGUGGAAGUUUUAAUUUUAAAUCAAGCUGACAUAAAUGAUCAAACUAAUGAAGGAGAAACGUUACUUUUCAUGGCUGUUAAAAUGGGAGAUGAAAUGUAUGUUGAACUAUUAUUAAACUAUAAUGCCAAUGUUAAUGUGGCAAAUUAUAAGAAUCAAACUCCACUGCAUAUUGCUGCUGAGUUUAGUGAAGCAAUAGUGAAAAUACUUCUUGUUCAUGGUGCUAAAGUUGAUGAAAUUGAUGAUUAUAAUGAAACUCCCUUAAGUAUUGCUGUUAAAUACUGUAAUAUUAAUAUUAUCAAAGAAAUUUUACAUUAUAAACCAUGUAUCAAUAAUAUUGGCAACAAGCUUGCAUUAGCUUAUGCUACUAAAAAUAUUAAUCAGAAUUAUGUACAAAUAAUACAUAUAUUAUUAGAUUAUGGUUUUCUAUUAUCAGAUGAAAAUGUUAUUGAUACCUAUUUAUUAAAUUAUUUAAUUUCACAAAACCAAUUGCAAAUUAUUAAGCAUUUAUUGAAAUAUGGCGUAAAUAUUGUUGCUAGCUUAAACAAUCUAAAAGAAAGUUCCUUUGUACAAAAUGCUGUAAAAACUGAAAACAUUGAACUGUUAAAACUAUUGAUAUGGUAUGGAUUUGAUUUGAAUAUUUUAGAUACAUAUGGAAAAUCAGCUAUGGACUAUGCAACAGAAUUAGAUAACAGUGAUAUAAUAGAUUUACUUUUAGAAAAUGGAGCAAAAAUUAAUAAUUUUACACUUUCUCUUCUAGUUUUAGUAAAAAAUGGUAAUAUUCAGUUAUGUCAAAAACUAUUAGAUUACAGAAAUGAUGUUUGUGUCAGUGAUGAAUUUGGAACAACACCAAUACAUUUAGCUGUAUGGAACACAGACUAUGAGUUUAUACAUUUUCUAUUAUGUAAACAAGCUCAUCUAAAUAUUACUGACAAUUGCUCUAAUCAAAUUACUACAAGUAUUAUGAAUGGAAAAACUGAUUUUUAUACAAAAGAAUUCAAAAGGCAAAUUUUAACAUCACCUCUACAUAUUGCUGUGGGUAAGAAAGAUAAAGAUAUUUGUACUAUGCUUUUGGAGUACCAUGCAGAUGUUAAUUCCAAAGAUGGAUACGGUAGAACACCUUUACACAUUGCAGCUGCUAUCAAAUCUUCUAAUCAAAAACUUAUAAUUAAAACUUUGUUUCAAUAUUGUGCUGACAUCAAUAUUUUAGAUGAUUUUAAACGACUUCCUAUUUAUUACUUAUACAACCACUCUUGUGUCUGUAGUAUAGCAUUUCAAAAUCAAUAUGGUUUAUACAGUGAAUGUGAGUGUGAUUUAUAUGAAGAAAAUGAAGUAAAUGAUGCUAUAACUGUCUUUGUUAAACAUAUAGUAAUUUUAGCAAGUAUGAAUAGGAAAGUUUGUACAGAAAAUUAUAAUAUAAUACAGAGUAACAAUUUUUCUAAAAAUUUGCAAAUGGAAUGUUUGAAUGAAAUUUCCAAAAUGAAAGAAAAAAAACUAUAUCAUCUUAUAUCGUUUUAUGAUAUAGUGAGUAAAGACUAUAAUUCGUUAGCUGCAUUAGCUCGCAAUGAAGAUCUUAUUCAAGCCUUCCAAAUAACUAAUUAUGCAUAUGAAUUCCCUUUGUACUAUGAUACAAUAAAAGAACAAUUUGAGAAAGCUCAAGAAAGAAACUGUUUAUUAGAAAGAGCUGUAUUGUUAUUCACUAAUCUUACUAAUUUUACUUUGCCACAGUCUAUCAUCGAAAAUAUUUUUGACUUUUUACUUUUAAAUGAUUUAAGAAUGAUUAUUGCUAUUUAUGAUUAAUAUAAU